AUGGCAGCCGCUUUCAAGCAAAAUCCGCCUCCUGCCCCACCAUCCACGGAUAUUGAGUACAUAAAGAAAAUUCCAAUGCGAGAUGGAUACGAGAACGAGAUUCGCAUUUAUCAACCUCCUGGCCAAUCGACCAAAGUCCGAGCCAUGUUUGUCAUGAUUCAUGGUGGUGGCUUCUGCCUAGGGAAUAACUACACACACAGCUAUCAGUCUAGGGCCAUUGCAUCGCUCCAUGAUAUUACUGUCGUUAAUUUGUCUUAUCGUCUAGCCCCAGAAUAUAGGUUCCCUACUGGCCCUAACGAUGUCUGGGACUCUGUGCAUUGGUUGAGCCAAACAGAUAACGCCAAGGACCUCGGAUGCGACAUCUCUCUUGGGUUCUACAUUGGUGGUGUCUCUGCUGGUGGCAACCUUGCUGCAGUCACGGCGCAGCGGUGGGUGUCGGAGGAUCGUACUCCCAAGCUCUCGGGAGCCUGGGUGUGCAUUCCUUACCUAUUGGAAACUGAAAUCGUACCCGCCGAGUACAAGAAUCUCUAUCUCGCCAGAAAUCAGAACGCUAAUGCCAUGAUCAUCAACCAGGAAGCGAUGGAAUUUGUGGGGGCGGCCUAUUGUCCAGAUGUGCUGUCACCGGCUUUCUCUCCCUUUCAAGCCGAUCAUCCACACAAAGGAAUGCCUCCAGUUUACAUUCAGGUUGCUGGCCAGGAUCCUCUCAGGGAUGAUGGACUUAUUUACGAGAAAGCUUUGCGGGCUCACGGAGUACUGACAAAGCUAGACGUAUAUCCUGGCCUCCCACAUGCAUUUGACGGCAUUUUUCGAGAGCUAAGCAUUUCGAAGAAGUGCAUGUCGGACAUGUUGGCGGGGAUCGGCUGGCUUACAGGGAAAGAAGUCAACAGCAAGUUAUGUGAGGAGGCGGUUAAGGAGUCGUAUGCCGCCACGCCUUCUGUGAGGCCGAUUUGA